CAUGAGUACAAUAUAGAUCUAUAUGAUACCUAGCAGCCUUGCUGGGCCUUGUCUUGUAUGAAUCUUAUAGAGAGCCUAUAAGCCAUCAGUACUAGCAAGAAGUGUUAUUUUGCGUUGGUUUUGAAGUGUGCCUUGCGGUGUGGUUCCAAGGAAACCUAAGUUUCUCCAUCAAGACCACUGCUGUUUCUGAUCCUCUUACCGGACCCGUUCCCAGCUUUUCUUCUUUGCUCAGAUCACUUCGAGGCUCUGUCCUUCACCAUACCCUCAUCCUCGAUUCUCGGAAUAAGCAUCAUUCAGCCUACCAAAACAAAAACAUCCAUCAUGCGAGUUAUUUCAGUCUUAGCCUUCAUCCUGGCGAUGAUGUUGGUUGAUGCCACAUCAGCCCUUCCAGGUCCACUGAGACUGGCAGCCACAUUCUCACGCAUAUCCGAUGAACUCGACGGCAUCAGCCUGGGAAACUGCUCUUUGGCCAACCUCGCUCUUCCCUUAAGUGAUACCAGAGUCAAACUUCCAAACCCAUCCCCUGGCCUGAAUCUCAAAUACGUCGCUCUGGGCCGUGGAACACAAAACUACUCGUGUCCAGCUUCAACAGACUCCCACAAACCUCGUGACACCAGCAAACCUGUUGCAACCGGAGCAGCAGCAACACUGUUUGAUGCUUCCUGCAUUGCAUCAACUUCUAUUUCUCUUCUUCAUGAGAUGCCUGUUGUCAUUGGGCGUGCUCCUCUCGGGUCUGUGGCUCUGUUGGCGGAGCUUCUGAGCCACACCACGAACAGCUCGGAUCUCAUCAUCGGUGAACACUACUUCAAUACUGCUGGAGAUCCUUUAUUUAACCUAAAAUUGAGUGGCUCUGCCUCUUGGAUUAUUACCAAGAAGGAUGCUUCGGUGACGGCACCGAAGAGAGUGAGCCACGUAGCUGGGGACAACGGAGAUGACGAUGUGGCCUGGCUGAAGCUUGGAUUCAAGGAUGGUCACGGUAUCAAGGAGGUCUAUCGAGUGGUGACUUUUGAAGGUUCUGCUCCAUCCACUUGUGUUGGGCAGAAAGAGACCGUUCUGGUUGAUUAUGCCGCAGAGUAUUGGUUUUAUGGAUGAUGGAACAUGCUUAGUCCAGGGUUAGCUCUUUAUUCAUAUAAUAUUUGGACUUAUUUCUAGGCCGCGAUGGCCUGAUUUUAUGACACGAUGAAUGAUACCUGUUCUGAACACAGAACCAAGUAGUAGCUUAAUUACAGAACGAAUACUUGGACUUGAGUGCAAUACCCCCUUCUGCCACCAAG